AUGAAACUUGAAGCACUUGAGAACAACCUUGUCCUCUCUCAAAUGAGAGUAGUUCACGCAACAACAACUAUAGCUGGGUCUAAUGAAGCUAUAGCAGUGCUUUAACCUAGUGAGGUAGAGGUGGUCGUGCCUAUAGGCACUCUUGAAUUUAAAAUACCUACAUCAAGCCUAAUGGUGCAUGAUUAAAUAAAAAUUGAACUACCUGGGUCAAACCAUUUCAACUCGACCCAGCUAGGGCAAGCUGUUGAGACCUUGCUGACUCUCUAGAGUAAAAUAUGA